CGUGCCACUCCAGAACUAAUCCUCCCGGCCGGCCGGUGUACGCGUCGGCCAUGUACAGAGACGUACGUACGCGUGUAUAUAUAUAUAUAUUUGCCUGUACCGGCCUGCCAGUGCGUGGCAGCAAAAGUCAACCCCACGCGUGUCCUCCUAGCUCAGCUCAACUCGUCAAAGCUUAGCCCUCCAUCGAGCUCCAAGCUAGGCCAGUCAUAGUCGUCGCCGUUCAUGUGUGCGCGGCCCCUGCUGCUGCUGCGCAUGGAACACCUCAACGACUGGGACCUUCAGGCCGUCGUGAGGAGCUGCAGCGGCAGCGGCGUCUCCUCCUCCCACCCCCACGACUACCGCGCCCCGGCGCCGAAAUCGGAGGCCGAAGCGGAGGCGGAUCAGGUCAAGGAGCGGGCUGCGUGCGGGCCAAGGGAUCAGGUGGUGGCGGCCCGGGGAUCUGCGCGGGCGGCGGCAAAGGACGCGUCGGCGCUGUACGAACUGGAGUACCUUGAUUUGGAUCACAAGCCGUUCUUGCUGUCCACAACGUCGUCUUCGUCGCCGCAGGCUUGGGCGAAUCCGGAUGAAGGCCGCCGUGAGGUGAUGAUCUCUUUCCCCGCCGCGGCUGCAUCCACCUCCACCUCCACGUCCGGUGGGCAGACGCGGGUGCCGCCUGGCCGGAAGCCGGGGAUACGCAGCACGCCCCGGCCAAAGAGAAGCAAGAAGAGCCAGCUGAAGAAGGUGGUGUGCGAGGUGCCGGUGGCCGACGGCGGCGUCUCCUCCGACCUUUGGGCGUGGCGCAAGUACGGCCAAAAGCCCAUCAAAGGCUCGCCUUAUCCCCGGGGAUACUACAAGUGCAGCAGCAUGAAGGGGUGCAUGGCCCGGAAGAUGGUGGAGCGCAGCCCGGCCAAGCCCGGGGUGCUCGUCAUCACGUACAUGGCUGAGCACUGCCAUCCCGUGCCGACGCAGAUCAACGCGCUCGCCGGAACCACCCGCCACAAGUCCAAUACCCCUACCGAGGACCACCCGACAGCGUCGCCCAAGAGCCGAGACAACAAUAAAGCCGGCAGCGGCAACGCCCACGAGGCAGCAAAGUGCAAACUGGAGGACGACAACAGCGAGGCUUCAGCGAUGGCGAACGACGAGAACGAGUUCUGGCCCAUGGACAUGGCGCUGGACGAUUUACUGGCGCCCAUGGAUGGUGACUUGGAUCAUGUCUUCGAGGAGGAGGGCGUCCUGGGAAGACGACUCUCGCUAUAGCUAGAGCUGAAGGUGAACCAGCGUUUUUUAUUUUUAUUUUUGUGCCCCUUCUGACUCACCUAUUUGAGAGUGAAGGUCACACAUGGGAGGCAAGAGAAUAGGGCCGGGAUGCAAGCUGGAUCUUGCGUAUGUCUCAGUUCUAGCCAAUCUAUAAUUCUUCUAGUAAACUUUUAAUGAGACAUAAGAAGAUCUCGCUUGCAUCUCUACAACAGAACCGUGUAUAGGUUUUCUGGUGUGUAUUUGUCAACGUUUCUAAAUAGCGGUGCUAUAGCGUCCCGAGAGGGCUCCUGCGAAAGCUAAGCUGCUUUUUACGCUAACUAGAAAAAACGGUAUUAGCGCCGCUAAGCCCGCCAAAGCGAUAAAUUUGGUGAUUGUUACGUUUUGUUCGAUAUAAUGUUCAAUAUUUUAAAAGGAA